ACGAUAAUCAAAGCCACCGAAUUUAUAAAAAAAUAAAAAAGAAAUAAUAAUAUAGUAAUUCCACUGCCAUUCUGUUAGUGAAGCUUCUUCUCCAUUUUCCUCUACCUUCGAUCCUUCUGCUUCCUAUCCGCGAAAUAUUUUCCAGUCCCUCAUAAAACGUUGUCGUGUCGAUCGUGUUCCGUUACCGUUUCUGUUCUGUCAGACUCGCCGUUCCGAUUCGUCCGGGUCACGUUCUUUACCCAACGAACCCCACUUCCCUAUUACUCUUCUCUCCUUCCAUCAUCCUUCGCCGCCACGGGUGUCUCUCACGCAUUCUCCCACCACCGCCGCUGUUGCUGUCGCUGGAAAACACUAAUAAAUGGAUGAUUCGGUGUUCAAUAGAGGCGGUCACUUUAACAGAACUUACUCCUAUAAUUCUUGUUCUUCUCAGAGAGAUGUCCGUUACAGCUGUGGUGCUUGUGGUUAUGAGCUGAACCUAUCCUCCUCAAACCGGAACACUUCAUCCAUUGGAUCUAAAUAUGGGAAGUCCUUAAAGCGAGGCAUAAUAUCAUUCUUCAAUAUUGAUCUUAGCAGAUUUACCCAGGUUGAUGAAAUUCAAUGUAUGCCCCAUUUUGAUAAGCACUCAUGGGGUUUGUUCCGCCGAAGAACUAAGCUUCUUUGUCGCAAGUGUGGCAAUCAUAUUGGAAAUGCAUAUAAUGGUUACACUUCAUCCUUCCCUGUAGUGUCAGAUGGAGGAGAAUCAUCUCCUAGCAACAAAGUGGUCAGUCAUACCAAAUAUGACAUUCGUAUUCGUGCAUUGCAGCCUUCAUCUGCUGAAGAAUCUGGAAUCCCACUAUUUGCUUGAAAUACCUGGUAAAAAUUGUGCUUCCUACAUAGUCAAAUCUGGUGAUAUGGAGGUUAGAAGUUCAUUAAUAUAUGCACAGAUGGUUUGGCAAGCUUUUUUUGCUUUCCCUAAUGAAAAUGUGAUUAAUAGACAUAUGUAAGAGUUGUAAGAAUUAAAUUAAAAACUAUUACAGGUGUGGGAUUUUUUUAAG